AUGGUUCUGUUCACAAAAGGCAUUGUUACGAUCCUGCUACUAACCAACAGUCUUACCUCAGCAACCAUCCAGAUCGACAAGAACAACUUCUACUUCGACGAUCUGCAGAAAGUCUUCGAUGUCGACUUCACAAGCGACAAGCCCGACAGCUGCAAGCAAUGGCAACACCACCUCGAAGUCGCCUACGUGGAAGCACUACACAUGCUCACCGCGGCGAUUGAGGCAGUAGCAGAAAUUCAUGAGGCGCCGCCAGAUGAGGACGACCCAGAGGCGGCUGAAACCCUCUCGUCAUGGCGGAAGAGGGCGCAUGUGUGGCGUGCAAUGCUAGGAGAGUAUCCUGGUUGUGAGAGUCCGGAGCAGCCUAAUGUGGCUCAACAUCUAGGUGAAACCGCAGAGCGCUUCCAAAGCCUCCUUGAAGCACACCAACUCAACCGAAGGAAGGAUCAAGAUAUUACUAACGAUGUGGCGACGACUUCCUGCAACAGCUCGCGCCCAGCGACCCAGACCCACGAGACAUGA